AUGUCUCAAAUUAGCAAACGCGACCCGGGCCUUGCAGAUUCGUGCAUUGACCUCAUCUGCCACACUACAAUCAAAACUAAUACAACUUCCAUGGUAUGUAGAACGCCCCACAACUUCCAGUGUUUCUCCCUGGAUCAACGAUGUCGUCUGCAUAAUCCAGACGACAAGGUUUUCGUCACAGGCCAUUUGAAAACCAGGGUUUUGGAGACCCUCCAGCGUUCGUCUCAUUAUUUCACCGAUCACGGAGUUAAAAAAGAAUGGAGAGUGGGCAUCCCUGACAGACACCGCUUUGUGUACGGAAGCUUUUGGAUAGCUCUACGUACACUCUCACGCGUCCGGAAGUCUGAGAAUACAAAAAACGUAUUAUGUUUACAAACUUCCAGGGUAUUCCUUGGUAGGCAAGCGGGCCAAGGAGAACAGACCGAACGCAUUCAUGAAUAUCAUGUUUGUAUCCACACACUUCCUCGAAGGGCUGUUUUCACACAACCACGUGAAGGGUGGAAGAGAGCCAGAGGCGGUCAAACAAUGACUUGGCAGCGAAACUCAGCUGCGUUGGUCACUGUCGUCUUCCUGGAUGGGGAUACCGAGACUGGCCACAUCAAUGGCUACAGACAUUGUCAGAUAUGGCCCAGCUGCGCCCUCAAUGGCGCUCGUGCAUCCAAGCUAUUGCCUUCAAUGCAUAGCUCCUUUUCCAACCCCCCACUUGACAGCCCACUGACAGUGUUGGAUUCAUUCACCAAUUUAUCAGCUCUCGCUUGCAAUGCGCCGCUACCUCCCCCUCCCCCCAAAUCAUCGAUGAACGAGACUGCGGCAGCUACAACCAACGACGAGUACGUGGUUAUUACAGCUGACAAUGAUGAUUCACACACAUGUGGGUGUGUUAGCUGCGUGCUGAACCGUGCUGCAAAAUUAUUCAAGCUACUCAAAAUAGCCUGCGUUUCUAAGAUGAACGGUGUAAUCAGCGUACUCAGGGAACGGAAGCCAGUUAGCAUUCUUGUCCUCGGGCUAUUAGAGACUGGUAAGGAAGAUUCACGCGACACGUUUAAUUUGGAAAUGGCGAAUGCAGAGAUACUCACCCUGACGGAUAUGUUGCUUGAUGGAUACAGGUUAGAUGGACGCUCACUCCAUGAGUACCGUGAGAUUAGUUUCCGCUUUCCACGGUCCGCCGAGGAUGAUCACAAUAGUUGUUGCAUCGUCAACAUUGGCGCCACUUCGGUCGUAGCUCGCGUUUCUGCUGAGGUUUUAGAACCGAAACCUUCUCGACCGUCACAGGGAAUGCUGUUCGUCAACUUUGAUGCUACCCUGAUUCAUCCAAAUGCUCCAUCUCGGCAAAAGAUUGAGGAGGGCCGGCGUUUGUCUUCGGUACUCCAAACCCUUCUACGUGACUCAGUGGAUCUGGAUUCCUUGUGUAUCGUGGCAUGGGAACGUGUUUUCGCCAUACGAGUUGAACUCCGCGCUCUUUCCUAUGAUGGUAACUUGGGUGAUUGUGGUGCUCUGGCUGCUAUUUCGGCGUUGGCUGCUUUUCGGCGACCAGAUGUAUUUGUGCAGGACAAUGGAACCGUAACUGUUGAUACCGAGGCUAAGUAUCGUCCCCGUGUCGCACUAGGCCUUCGACGGAUUCCUGUACUGGUCACUUUUGGAAUGACUGCGGAUGCCACAGUUAUUGUUCAAGAUGCAACGGCUCGAGAGGAUGCUAUUCUUACCGGGGGUCGUGUAAUGAUUGGUGUCACAAGUUUUUCAGAAGUAUGUUGUCUUUACACGACAGGUCUCACCAAACCACUAAGAUCGACCAGUUUAAGCAAAUGUGUUCGUAUGGCUGACUCUAGAGCCCGAAGUUUAGUGGCGCUGGUCAAUCGGGUUUUGGACGGACUCAGGCGCCAACAUGAGGCAAUUCGUGCCGCGAUGCACGCACGGUCAAGCGAACUGGAUGCAACCAGAGAUAAAUCCCUGAAUGCACCCUUGGUCUUGUCUACCAUUAGUUUUCUUCAAGAACAAGUGAAUGGGAUGCCCGAAGGACUUGAAGAAGGCGAGUUGAUUGGAGAAUUUGAUGAAUACGUUGACUCGGCUGAUGAUAUGGAUGUCGUCUCAGAUGAGGCAGAUGCUAGCCAACUGCCAGCUGAGACUGGAGUCGCGCAAAACCCAGCUGGGCAUUAUCAACCAUAUGGUGUUAUUGAAGUAUCCUGUCUAAAGUUCGAUGAAAGCGGGCUAACAGAUAGUGGUGACGGAUUGAAGCAAUUCACCGAACUGUUUGACGUUCCAGGAAUCACCGCUGACGUUAAUUCCUCAACAGCUUCGCCAAAGCACACAAGACGCGGAACAGCUUCAGAUCGGCGAUACUCGAUGGAAAGUAAACAGAAAUCAAACAAGAGUCGACUGAAAUGAACAUGGGUAUAGUGCUUCGGCCUAUUGUACAGUUCUCCGUCUGUAUUAAACCAAGGGUAUCUGACCUCAUUACGUGUUUUCACAUUCCACCUGAUGUGUGCAUGUCUUCUGUCCCAUUUCACUUUUCG